GCCAACCCCUGAUCUACGUCUACGUCUACGCACCGAGGUCCUCCUGAUAGGAAAUCUCUUUUCCUGAGGGGAGAGGAGGGGAGUUGGCCAAGCGAAAGUUACUACGUAGCCGCGUUGAACUCGGAAGUACAAGAAGUCUGCGUUGCGCGCCGCAAAGCCAAGCAGCGGAGGAAAGCCUUGCGGCAAAAAUGGUUUCUGCAAAGCAGCUGGCUGACUUUGGCUACAAGACCUUUUCGAGCUCCAUGAUGCUUCUUACUCUGUAUGGUGGCUACCUCCUGAGUGGUGGUGUAUAUCACACUUAUCAGAGAAAUAAGCGACUGAAGGAGCAAGGGAUAAAUGCUGAUGAUACUAAGCAGUGAACACUCAGCACCUCAUAGGAUGCGUAAUAAAUGGAAGACUGGUUUGCUUUAUCAGAAACUUCUGGGAUUUUUGCCACGAAGAAUAUGAAUUUCAAAUUGUGUUGAAAAAGUGGAAAUAUCUGUAUGGAUAUAUAGUCAUUCGAUUCUUUGUUCACAGUUUCUCUCAUUCCUACAAUAGAAACUGUGAAGCAACUAUUAAAAAAAUUAUUUACAGAUAA